AUGAAAACAGGCACAAAAGAUAAUGAUAAUGAUAUUGUGACCAUAGUAACCAAUCUACUGGAGGAAGAGGUACAUAAGAGUCGGAUUACAAUUAGUGGUAAGAAUGCGAACAAGUCUGUGGCAUCAUCAGCUCCCACACCUUUCCCUAUUACCCCCACAUUAUUUAAUCAUAGUCACAAUAAUAAUAUCAAUCAUAUGCCUCAUAAGAAAUACUUUGAUGAAGGCUCGGAUGAUGAUGACUCUUAUGUUUCUGAUAUUUCUAGUGAUGAUGCUGAUGACAACCAUAAUGGUGGUGGCUCGAACGAUGUUAAUCAUGAUCAUAAUCUCAAGAUAGACCAAGUCAUUAUGGAAUUUGAUAAGACAAGUGAAUCUUCCUCUCAAUCCAUCGCCAAACCCAAGGCAGUAAAUUAUUCGACUGCUGGCUCAGAACUGCUGGCAGUUACUAAAUCGGUUUCACCAAAUCAUAGAGUGGAAGGAGGUACCACCACUAACUCCCAUUUGGCUUCGGCCUUUAAAGAUAAGCGGAUUUUUUACAUUGAGAAUUCCCCUACCCCCGUUGAUCCCCCAUUGCAUUCCAAUUUAACGACACCACAAGUCGGUGGUGAUGGUAGUUCUCAGCGUACUUCAUCUUCUGACGUUGGUGAUCCACAUCAAGCAUUGAAAAGACAAGACUCUCUUUUCUCUAAUUAUAGUUUUAGAUCGGAAAACGGAAAAGCCAAUCGAAAUAGACUGGUUUCCUCCGUACUUAAUCCUAAUGGGCUUCCACCACCAGAAGAACAUUUUUCGAGUGAAGACGAAUAUACUUCCACCGAUAUUUCCGAGAUGGACGACGAUGAUGAUGACGAUGAUGGUGAUGAUGACGAUGAUGAAUUCGAUGACACUGUGGAAGACAUCAAGUUUAAGAGACGCGUGAUUGAGGAUGUAGAAGAUGAAUCUGAAGCAAGUAUCAACAAUACAAACAACAACUACAGCAAUACUAUUAACAAUCAUCUGAAUAACAUUAACAAAUUCUUACCUUCAAGGAAGAAUAGUCAAAGAAGUGAAGCUAAUAGCAACUAUGAAGAUGAUUCAAGUGAAUGGUUAUCUAUUACAGCCUCAGAAGAUUCACAUCAUGAAGAUCAAGCUCCACCACUCGUAUUUCAAAAGAUUAAUCCUGAGAAAUCAUCUUCUACGCUUAAUUAUAUGGCAGAGAUAGAUGAGAAGGAAGAAGAGGGAGUAGAAGUGGCUCUGUAUGAUAGAGAAGAUACUUCUUCUCCCAACUCUCCCAAGGCUAAACGAAAACCUAAGUCACUUUUAUCCGGGUUAUUUCUUAAUGAAAUGGCUCAAACUAAUGGAGGAGCUUCGGCAUUCAAGUAUCCACCUAAAAAAAAUGAUGGGAAACCUAUACUUAAAAGAUCUUCAACCACUGGAAUCAUUACUAUUGAACAGAACCCCAAAAAUGAUACCAAAGUGAAGAGAUCUUCAAUUAUCUUUACCAAAAAGCAUAUGUCACUCAGUGAUAUCUCAAGAAACUAUCCCCAUUAUGCCAACGAAUUGGUUGAGAAUACAUUACUUUUAGAUAAUCCACCUCCCAGUUCAAAUUCCCUCAAACCCUCUUCCAUACUUGAGAAAGAAGGCUCAGCACAGUCAAGAACUACUCAGAACAACCAAAAUCUAAUGGAAGACCCUAAUGAACUGCUUAUUCGAAAGCAAAAAUCAGUUGUGGGACUUUCAGAUUUCAAGGUGACGAUAACCAAUAGUCAUACUAAUGGGAUGUUAUCGAGUUCAUUAAGUAGAUACUCGCCAAGUUCUAGAGUCAGUACUUCGUAUGAUGAUACUCAUGGGAACAACAACGACUCAAAUGGAGGUGGUGGUGCUACUACUACUACUACGAAUGAGAGUAGUAAUGGAAACAUCAAGUCAAUGCUUUCAAAGUCAUCGCGAAGUCUUUCUGGGCUAUUUAAUGUUUCUAAGAUGAAACUAUCUCUUACACCCUUGAAUAGACCGGAACAGAAUGUACUGAACGACAAUGUUGUUACACUGGCAUCUAAAAGAGAGGAGCCUUUUGCUGUCGAUUCACAUGAGAAGUCACCAAAUGUUGUCAAUGUUUCUACUCCUCCAAAAGUCAUUCUACCUCAUAGCCCACAAGUUCAUUCGCUAUUAUCAUCAAAAGAUACUACACAAUCUAAUGCCGACCAACCACUGGGUGUUCAUUCCACAACUGCCCCAAGAUUAUCGCCAGGGACACUACGGAAAGCUAUGAUCCAAUCUGAGCUUUCGAGCCUGUUGAAAGAAUCGAUCAUUAAAGAUUAUAAGUUGGGUAAGGUGCCAAAACCUGAUCGCGUUGUCCCAAAUAUUGGACCUGAGUUGGUGCGGGCUAUCUCUGACAAUAAUGAGGAGGAGGAUGAUGACUAUCAUUCCAAGGGAUGGUAA